AUCUUUCCAUUGUAGCAACAAGAAGGUGUAUAUCAAGACAAGGUGAAGGAGAUGAUUACAGACAAUGAUAACAGAUUAAUUAUCAAUAUCAAUGAUCUGAGAAAAAAAAAUGAAAAACGUGCAAACAGGUUACUCACUGACGCUUUCGAGGAAAUUGUUGCUUUUCAACGAGCUCUGAAAGAGAUUGUUAGUGCAGCGGAUCUGACAUACGCAAAACAGCAUGAAGACUUCUUUGUUGGAUUUGAAGGCAGUUUUGGCGCCAAGCAUGUUACGCCGAGAAGUCUAACAGCACGUCAUUUAGGGAAUUUAGUUUGUGCUGAAGGAAUCGUGACAAAGUGUUCUUUGGUACGACCCAAAGUUGUCCGUAGCGUUCAUUACUGUCCAGCAACAAAGAAGACAUUGGAAAGGAAAUAUACAGACUUGACUUCACUGGAUGCAUUUCCAUCAAGUUCCGUUUAUCCUACCAAG